AUGGCCGACCAAGCUUCCCAACACUCUGCAUCACCAUCAACCCCUUCCUCGGACCAAAUCGCCAUGCGAGAGGCAGCAUUCCUCGUUGCUAGUCGCAGACUUGUUGCCCAACCCCACACUGUCCCGAGAAUCGCCGGUAGAACCAGGAGAAACCCCUUAGCCGUCAGACCUCCUCAGUUCAAGAGGGGGCAAAACACUGAGAGCACAUCAGUUCCAACUUCUGCCGUUUCAACUGAGAGGGUUGUAAACCAACAACUGUCUAUGGUGGUGUUAGAGGCAAAGGUGAAUGAAGAAGAGAUAGAAAGAGGCACUUUGGCCUUAAAGACUCCUGAGGUAACUGCCAAGGCAGGAACCUAUGAUGGAACCUCCAAAGAUACGAUGGAGGAGGUUGUGGUAGAGGAGACUACGGUGGCUGAAGUUGCGAUGGAUGAGGUUACAGUGGAGAUGCAACCAGAAAUAGCUAAAGAGAAAAAGAAGAAGAAAAAAAGCAAAGGGAGAAAGGCUGGAGAGGCUGAGUUUUCUCAUCCUCGCAAGGAGAAAAAGAAUGCAGAAAAGAAGGAUGAUGACGAAGAUGAGGAAGAGAAGAAGGAAAGGGAGAAGAAAGAGAAGGAAGAAUGA